AUGACACAAUACCAACAUUUCAUUCCACGGUUCAUAUUGCGAAGAUUCCAAGUCGGACCUGUGAAAUCCAAAACAGAACGACGAAAAGAAUUUCGACGCACCGGCGUUGAGCCUGAAUACGUCCACUACUAUGACGUUGCUACAAGUAGUCUUGACGUUCGUCCUAUUGGAAAGGUUUAUGGCGUACAGAAUAUCUACCAGGACGUCCGCAGCACUGAUGAUAUCAACGAACUAGAGAAGAAAUUAGCGGUCCUCGAACGUCAUGCAGCCUGCAUUAUCAAGGACUUGCAUCAAGCGCUUUCUCAGGGUACUUUGACUCUGAAGCGGAGGCUGCUAGAGGACCUGCGGAAGUUCCUAUUCAUCAUGCAUUAUCGCAAUGCAGCGUGCUCCGACAUAUACUUUCAAGCGGAUCACCCGCAGAACACAAGCAGCCGUCAGUGGAUUGAAUCCGUCAUGAAGGCGAAGGGUCUUCAUUCUGCUGCCGAGACAUGGCUACACUUCCUCAGAUACUACCUGGAUACAUCUCAUUCAGACAUCAUGCGAGAUGCUGCAGAACUUGUAGAGAAGUAUGGUGAAGAAGGUCUUCAAAACAUGAUAACUGAAUCACAUAUCCCACCUGAUCUCGAACACUUCCCAGCUUACACUUACUACGUUCAGGCGAAUGGCUACUUCUUCAGUAUCUGGGAAGCCGCAGAGGGAGAAGAAUUUAUCAUUACAUCCCACGCAUUUGGUCUGUGGGAAGGUUUGGGAUAUGGUUGCCCUGGCCUGCACCGCAUAUUCGUAGUCAGCCCUCGCAUUGCUAUCGUCCUGCGUCAUGUGCUAUCGCGUCCAGAGUUGAAAGAACACACGAAGCCUGGUGCGUUCGUGAGCUGCUUGCUCGACGUGAAUCCAGCACCACCAACUCCAAUUUACACCCGUGGAGAACACGGUACACAUAUCGACCACAUAAAUUUCCAAUCUGCGAUGGCACUUGCACGUUACAGAUCCUCCCAGAAAGGGGAGGAUGACAGUUUUGUGUUCAAGAUCACAAAGCUGUCGCGACCCCAGACAUUGAACUUCAAUUCCGUUCUAUUAGUGAAUGUGACGGAGACAGGCUCUUUGACCUUCCUGUCAAAGGAGAGCAUGCUCCGUGCCGCGCGUGCGUUCCUGAGUUGGCCGGUC